AUGUUGCCUUCACUUCUUAUUGCAUACCUUGCCGUGAUCUCGACUCCGUUAGUUACUGCGAAGACAUUCUGGUGGAGUUACCAGGGCGAAAUUGAUACCGAAUCCUAUGACCCCAUCUUCGAGAUCUGCGCGGACAAGAACGCAACUUCAUGUGCAGCCUGUAACUCCUCCCCAGGCGAUGAUAGAGUGGGAGCAAAGCUGUGCGAAUCAUUGGACAAGCUUGAUAACAUUUGCUACGAGCCCAAACGGGAAGAAACAUGCUGCAAAGACAAAUACGGCACAAGCUGCUUCAAGGAUUUCUACUGCGCCUACACGAGCGAGAACGUUGCUUUCUGCUGUGCUGAUGGCGAAGACGUCGAAGAUUGCGGCGGGAAAUUCAACCAGACUCUGUCCGAUGAAAAGAACGACGACCAAGCCAGCGCUACUGUAGCGAGCGCUUUCCAGCCAUCGAUGACUGCCACCGAUCAAACGAGAGUCGCUCGACCGGAGCGUACGAGUCCUCCGAAGAUAGUGCCUGGAUCAACUACAGCAUAUGCCAAAGACCCAGAAGUGGAGAAGAAAAUGUCUGCUGCGGUCAAGAUUGGAAUUGCAAUUGGGGUCAUUGCAGUGGUUGGGAUCUUGCUAACUUUGGCAAUAAUGGCCCUCAUCCACUGGCGCAAGAAGACAAAGUACAAUGCGAUCGGACACGGACAAGCUGUGGAUGCAAAGCACACCGCCCCGAGUUCUGGUACUCCAGGACCCUUUGAGCCCAUGAGGAAUGAACCUCUUCCUCAUGAUCCUCGACAAUCAUGGAUGGCAUCACCGCCACCGCAACACUCUGAACCUACAACACCAAAUCCGUUCUCCGAUGGUGCGGCAUAUUCAGAUCACCCAGCUCACCCUCAACAUCCAAUCGAGUUGCAACAUAUCCCACCGCCGGGCCAUCACUCAUAG